AUGGAAUUGACUAUCUGUCUGGUUCUGAUCAAUAUUGGUUGUAUUUUGGCUAUAUAUUUCUAUUUGACACGUAACCAUCGAUACUGGCAAAAACAAGGCAUUCCAGGUCCGCGACCAUGGCCAUUUUUUGGCACCUAUCUCAAGCAAUUCUUCAUACCAUUUCUUGAAACCGAAAUGCAAUGGUACAAUCAAUAUGGAAAAAUUUAUGGGUAA